AUAUAUCAGAAUUGAAAAAUUAUCUUAUUCAAGAAAAUAACAAAAAUGAAUCAUCCCAUAAAUAGCCUAAUAGGUGGACCAUCCACUACUAGCCACGGAAAUGGUCUCACAGCUGCUGCAUCGGCAACGGCUGGAACUGGACCUGGUCCUGGUCCAGGUGGUGGCGGUACCAAUACAUCCGGUACUACUGGUGCCGGUUUACCAUUACAACAUAUGUUCGGUUCAUUUGAUGCAAACAUGGAUUCAUCAGUUACAUUGGCCUGUUGUCAAUCAUUAUGCGAUGUACUCACUGAACUUCCAUUACCAACAGCCGUACAGGAUAAAUCAUCGCACACACGUUCAUUGAUCACCGGUUUAAAUGUCAAUAUGACAUCGGCAAGGAAUACAUUGCUCAAUGAUUUAACAAUGGUGCCACAGAUACAGCAGGCAUUAUUGAUAGCCAAACAACAUUUGAGCGAUGUUACAUUUCAUCUGAAUCAUUCACAACAUCAUAAUUCAUCAACAUCACCGGCAUCCGGUACUUCGAAUACACAGCAAUCACCAUCAUCGGAUCAACAAACAGUGACUGGUGGUGGACCAAGUCCAAGUCAUCAUCAACAACCAUCACAAUUAUUACACGAAUUAUUAGCACGUGGUUGUUUUCUUAAUUCACAAUUAUCAGCAGCAGCAGCAGCAUCAUCAACACCAUCGUCAACAUCAUCAGCGGCUACGACACCUGCUGCUAUCGCUGCAAAUGUAUCAUCUAUUUAUCCAUCAUCAACGACAACGACAUCAUCAUCCUCAUCAGCGGUGGCUGAAACCACAUCGGCCAAUUCAUCAACAUCAAAUGAUUUAUAUUCACAGCAUCAUCAUCAUCACCACAAUCAACAACAACAACAAAACCUGCAUUCUCAUCAACAACAACAACAACAACAUUCUUCAGUAUUGACCGGCAGCCAUCAAGGACAUGAUUUAUUGUCCAAUAAUAAUAAUAACGAAUAUUCACAAAUGAAUCAUCAUCAUCAACAACAACAACAACCACAAUAUCAUCAACAACAGCAACAACAAAGAACCAAUAUUCAUCAUCAUCAACAACAACAACAACCACAUCAAGAUGUAAAUAAUACAAUCAAAAUAGAAUCCGAAAAUCAUACUCAUCAUACACAACAACAACAAUAUCUACAGCAACAACAACAAUUACAGAAUCAGAAUCAAAAUUAUUCAUCACUUGGUGAACGUGUAAAAAGUCGACAAAGAGAUGCGGCAGCCAAAGCUAUACAAGCAAAUGCUGCAGCAUUUGCAACAAAUCAACAACAACAGCAGCCGCCGCAACAACAACAACCUUAUAAUCAACAACAAAUGAUACCAAAUAAUAAUAAUUCUCAAGCAAUGAUAAUGACCAAUGAUUCAAUAUCUGAUACAAUGUAUAAUAAUAAUAGCAAUUCAAAUUCAAUGAAUCAAAUGCCAACAACACGAACAAUGGCUGCGGCGGCGGCAGCGGCUAAUAUUAAGAAUGAAUAUGGUACACAAUCAUCAUCAUCAUCAUCAAUAGAUGAUAAAGAAUGGCAGCUACAUGCUACAUCAUCAUCGAUAGAUGAUAAAGAUUGGCAACUACCGGCUACAUCACAACGUAAAUCUUCCACUACUUCUACAACAACGACAACACCAGCGACAAUAAAUUAUAAUCGUAAACCAUUAUAUCAACAACCACCGGCAAGGCCUAAAAUUGAAAUGGUCAAACCACAGAUACGUUCUGUUAAAUAUCAAUUCACCGAUAUCGAUAAUGAUGCGGCAUUUUUGUCAAAAUCCGUUGAUAUUGUAGUGAGAUUUGAACAGAUAAUUGAUCAAAUUUUACAAACAUCGUGCAAUGAUUUUAAUGAUUAUUAUAGUGAAUUAUAUGCCGGUGAUGUUAAUACAGGCAUGGGUGGCUAUAAUGAUACAAGUGAUAAUGAUUAUUAUAAUUCAGGUUAUGAAAAUAAUAAUAAUAAUAAUCAAUACCAAAAAUAUCAUCAUCAUCAACAACAACAACAACAGCAUAAUAGAAAUAGUCGUAAUAAUAAUAAAAGAAUAAAAUCCGGAUUCGAUAUAGCAUCGGCAAAUCAUUUGAAUGGAAUGUCAUUUAAUGUAUCAAUAGAUUCAGAUCAAUUAAAAGAGAUAAUGAUUUUAUCAGCUAAAUUAAAACAAACAAAUCGUAUCGGUGAAAUUGAAAGAAAGAAAUUAAUACUAUUCUUAACGGUAUUAUCGAAUCAAUUGAAUAUAUGGUUAACACGAUAUAAAAGUAAAUCAUCUGUUGCAGCAAUGUCAUCAUCACAUGGUGAUUCAUCCACAAUGAACAAUGAUAAUGAUGAUGAUGAAAAUGUAAAUGAACGACAACAUUAUUGGGAAUUAUGUUGUAAUGCAUCACAAUCAGCGCUACAUCUGAUGACAUCGACAUCCGGUCAGAAUCAAUCAUCAUUUGGAGCCGAUCAAACCCAAUUGAUUAGUUUGGAAGAAUUGAUUGAAGUUAUUGUUGAUUUUCUAUCCAAUAAUCUGAGCGCUGCCACACAUGUAACAACAUCUACAACGAAAUCAUCUAAAUCUAAAUCAUCAUCAUCAUCAUCGUAUCAUCAAUAUCAACAUUUUGGUGUUUCCAAACGACAUGUAACUAGAUGGACACAAUUAUUACAAUUAUUAUUUGAAUUCAUUAAUCUUCGAACAAAAGGUUCACUGACAGAUACUUUGAUUCUAUCAUUAACCAGGAUCUCAAUGAGUGCCUUGUUCCUAUUACAAAAUACGGCCGAAAUGCAAUUUGUUUCUAUAGAAAUAUUAUGCCAUGUAUUUGAAGAAUAUCAAAAACAUCGUAUAUCGAUACUUGAAGAGCUUUUGAAUUCAUUAUCGAAAAUACCGACGAAAAAAUCACACCGUAAAGAUUCUGUAUUAACACAAAUGUUGAUACGAUUAACAAAUGCAUUUUUUCAGCCCAAUACAACUCAAACGCACACACGUGAUUCAUUGACAAAACAAUCGACAGCCGCAUUACAGAUAAUCAGUAGUUUUCUAUCACAUUUUCUGCGCAAAUGUCAUAAUCAUUCAUCUGGUGGUGGUAAUUCAGAUGUUGAUUUCAAAUUAAUAUUCGAAUCAUUAUUGAAUGAUCUAUUGGAUCAAUUACAUUCACCACAUCAGACGGCAUCAAUAUUGAUUGUACAGGUUAUAAUAAAGUUGUUGAUUUCAUAUCUAGCACCACAACAGCAAAAUAAAUCACAAACAUCAUCAUUAGCGGCACGUUUAUUAGCCAUUGAAUAUCUAUCUAUUGUUUGUUCGAAAUUUGCACAAUUUUUAGCCGAAAAAGAUGAAACCAUCAAAGAAUUGCAGACAACAUUUUCAACAAUCGAACAAGAACCUGAUGUUAAACCAAUCAAGAAGAAUAGAAAUCGUGAAAAACAACAACAACAACAGCAGCAGGAAUUGGAACAAAAACAAAAAGAUGGAAAUUUCGUUGUCAAAGUUUACAAUUAUCUUAUCGAUUAUUUUAAUUCGGAAAAAUUAUAUAGAGAAAAACUUUGUCUUGGUUCCAUUUGGAUCAAGGAUAGAUAUUUUACUGAAAAUGAACAGAAUGAACAAGAUUUUCUACAGAAAUUGAAUCAAUCAAAAUUCAAUGAUGAUUCUGGUUCAGUUGUUGCUAUUUCGACUGCCGCUUUAUGUAUACAGUAUAUGGAAUUUGUUCAUUUUUCAACCAAUUCAAGAUUAUUUGACAUAUCGAUCUCACAUGUGACAGCAUCAUUAUCGAAUACAUCGAAUACGACACAAAGAAGCCGUGCAAUGAAAUGUUUAUCAAAUAUACUUAGUUCAAGUACUAUUGAUCGUGCUACACAAUUGUUAUCACGUUCUGAUCUACAAAAUGCAAUGCGUUCUGCAUUACUUGAUCCUUCUACAUCGGUACGUGAAGCAACAGUCGAUCUAAUUGGUAGAUUUGUAUUACAAUCAAAAGAUCAGAAUCUUGUUCAACGUUAUUCUGAUCUUAUUGGUGAUCGUAUACUUGAUACGGGUAUUUCCGUUCGUAAACGUGUGAUUAAAAUACUUCGAGAUUUUUGUAUUGAAUUUCCUGAAUAUGAAAAAUGUGGUGAAAUGGCAGUCAAAAUUGUUCGCCGUAUCAAUGAUGAUGGUGAAGGUAUUCGAAGACUUGUUGUCGAUACAUGUCGUGAUCUUUGGUUUACGAACACUUCACAGAUAACACCGAUCAAAUUUAAAGUUUAUUCCUUGUUACAUGUUAUUGCCAAUAUGAUCAAUGAUAAUGCAUCAAUGGAAUCGAUGCAAUCAUUAUUUGACCAGUUAAUCAAAUCAGAUACAAUGCUUAUUGCUCAACAGAUUUGUGAUUCAAUCAUGAACGAUGUUCUAAUCGAUGAUAUGCCACAAUCAACAAAGAAAACACAAUUGAGUGCCGUACAAUGUGUUGCAAUGAUGUCACAAUGUUGUCCAGAAUUGAUGGUUAAACAUUGUGAUACAUUACAAUCAUUAAUGUCAUUACCAUGUGAAACAUUGAUUGAGAUUUCAUUACGUAUGAAAGUCAUACAGACUAUUGAACGUGUAUUGCCACAUAUACAUAAUCCAUCACCAUAUCUGUUGACAAGAAUAGAAGAAGAUUUAACUAAAAAUAUUCUACAAUCAUCUGCCAACAUUAUACAAUGUUCGGUGAAAUGUUUAUCUGUUUUGAUUAAGAAUCAUACGAAAAAUACAAAAUUGGCCGUUGAAUUAUUCUGUAAAUUUCAACAAAUUCUUUAUCAAUAUAGAAAUCUAUUAUAUGAUGGACAUAAUGAGCAACAAGUCAAACCAAAAUUAUUACGUGCCAUUUUUACUUGUGGUCUUUUUGCCAAAUUUUUUUCAAUUCAUAUCUAUGAAUAUAAAGAUCGUGUACGGGAUACAUUUAUCGAGCUGAUUAUAUCGCCAUAUGAUGUUGAUAUUAAAUGUAAAUCAAUCGUAGCACUUGGUUUCAUCAUUGAAUCUGAUCCUAAAAUAUGUUUAUUACCAAAUGUGAUUGAAAUCUAUACAAGAAUAUUACGAAAUGAAUAUUCGGAAAAUGUCAGUAUUCAAUCAACGAAUCGUAAAAAUGAUGAAUUAUUUUGCAUUCAGGUAUUGAAUAAUUUUCGUAAUUAUCUAUCCGAAUCGAUUGAAUCGGAUGAGAAUGCCGUCAAAACGAUUGAAUGGGCACGUGAAUCAUUGAAAUCGAUGCAAUCUUCUGAAGAUGAUUCUGGUUCAACACAAUCACAAAUUAUUCAAAAAUAUCUGAGCUCAAUAUUGAUCAAUGCAUUAAAUCCAAAUCUAUCGAUUCGUCGUGUUGCUUGUAAUGUAAUUCAUGUGAUACAUUCCGGUGGCCAUGUACAUCCGCUUCAGCUUGUUCCACAUUUAGUGGCAAUGACAUGUGAUGAUGAUUAUCAGAUACGUGUUCGUGCUGAUCAUGUUCUUCAUGAUAUUGAACGUAAAUAUCAUGGCUAUGUAGCUAUGAAAGCCAAAGAAGCUGUACAAUUAUCGGCAUUAUUCUGUAAAAAAUUAAAUUGUUCCGGUUUUCGUAUCUAUAUGGAAAAAUCAUCAACAUCCGCUGCUGCCACACAAGAUGGACAGACUUUGAUCUCAAUGCCAACAACAACGAAAGAAAUUUGUUCCCGUUUAAGUACAUUGUAUCAGGUUAUCUGUACGAAUCGUCAAUCACGACGUGGUUUCAUUACAUCAUUACUAAGACAUUUUGAUACAUCGGAAUUUGUUGUGAAAACAAUAAAUUCAACAAAUAACGAAUCAACAACAACAACAACAUCCGAAUCAUCAUUAUCAUCAUCAUCGAUGAAACCAGAAUUGAUUGAUAUUGAAUUUUUUGUCGAAAGUAUCCUGUUUUUUCCUUAUACGGUUUUCGAUGAAAUACUUUACAUUUUAAAUCAAUUAGAAUGUACACUUUCAAUCAAUUCAACACAUGUUACUCAAUUAUUCAAAGAAAUUUUCACAGUCGAACGAUCUCAAUCAUCAUCAUCCGAACAACAACAAGAACAACAGAAUCCUGUUGUAUCUCAACAUCAACAAUUCAUCAAUAAUCCAUCAUCUACAGAUCCAUUGAUGCAAGGAUUGAUGAAUCAACAGCCACAAAUUAUUUAUGAUCAUAUGGGAAAUGCACAAAUGAUUUAUCAUAAUCAACCGCAAAUGAUGAUGAAUCCAUAUCAACAAUCGCAACAGCAGCAACAACAACAACAACCACCACCACCACAAUCGAAUGUUAUUGAUAUUGAAGAAAUUGAUUUAGAAAAUGAAGAUCAAUUUAAAAAAUAUGAAAAUAAUAUUCAUGUCAAUUUUGAUCUAUUAUUAAGUGAUCGUUCCAAUGAACGUUUAAUUAAUAUAAUACGAUCAUUACGGACAAUUUAUCUAUCAACAUUAUUACGAACUUUAUUGAAAGAAUUUUAUCUUUUAAAAGAUGAAAAAAUCAAUGAUUAUAGUACGAAUGAUGCAAAAACCUGGGAAAAACCUGUUCAUCGACGACAGAUUGAAAGUUUACAUUUAAAAGAAUUGUUUAAUCUGGCAAAACCAAAUAUCGAAAUGCAAGAAUCAUUACUGUUAAGUAAUGAUCUUCAAAGUGUUGAAAAACAAUUAUUAAAUGAAUGGAAACGAUUUCGACAAGUUUCAAUGAAUAAUUAUGAUCCAAAUUUUAAGCCAUUAUUAUUGACAAAAUUAUUUCAAUUUGGUUCAUCCAAAUCAACAUCAUCAGUACAAGCCAUUGUUUCUAGCAAUGUUGAACAACGAAAUCGUACAAAUGAUGAUCAACAAUCACAACAAAGUGGUGAAGGAAUGACCAAUUGUGUUGAUAGUCAAAAUAUGGUUACAACAGCUGAUCAAACACCAAACAAACAGCAACAACAACAACAACAACAACGCCAUCAACAAUCAGCCAAAAUGAACAACACAAAUAGCAAUAAAAGAUCUAAACAAUCUACAACAAAAAAGAAACGUAAAAGAAUCGUUAUGAAUGAUGAUUCAGAUGAAUCUUCAUCCGAAGUUGAUGACGAUGAUGAUGAAGAUUAUCAACAAGGAUUCUGAUCUAUUGAUCUAUGACCAAAAAAAAGAUAACGACUUUUCAACUUGCAAGAAAACCAGACCAGACCUCAAAGUUCAAACACAAAAUCUAAUCUGUUUAUCUAAUUGUCAUUGUACAAAAAAAAAUCAUUAGUUGUACAAAGAAAAUCACCAUCAACGUUCAACGUUCAUCCAUCCAUUUUCUUGAAAUGAAUCCAUCCGUUCAUUCAUUCAUUCAUUCAUUGAUACCUAUAGAUCCUAAUGUAUGUUGACAUGAGAAUCUCCCACAUGUGAUCAACGAAAAAUGAUACUUUUUUCCAUUAUUUAUUUCUCUUUAUAAAAAAAAUGAUGGCAAUUUUUUUUCUUCCCCCCUACUACAAAACAGUGACAAUUAUGCCUUUUAAAAAAAUUGCCAAUCAAAAAAUGAUUGAUCAUCAUUGGAAAAAUACUCAUGUCACCAUCAUCAUCAUUCAUCAUUAUUAUGUCAAAUCCAUUUUUUUUCUCCAUUCUUAUCUUAUAUCCAGAUGAAAUUUAAUCAUCAUUAUCAUCAUCAUCAUUUGUAAUCGUUGUAAUUAUUAUAAUCAUCGUUGAUAGAUUUGAAUCUUUUUUUUUCAUUACACACACAAAUUUUUAUUAAUCAAAUUAGUUUUAUUUCAAAUUUCUUCGCAAUAUAUCACACAUACACGUACAGACAUUUGAAAUUUUUCGUUUUCACAUUUUCUUAAUGUAAUUCUCCAUUGCUGUUGUUGGUGUUGAAUUGAAUUUGAUGAAUUAAUGUUGAUGAUGACAACGAAAUACAGAUACAUACAUACA